AUGAGUGUGUGGCCUGGAGUUUUGGCUCUGUCUCUGGUGCUGCAUCAGCUGUUGAUCACUGCUACAGCUCAAGGGAUUGUGUAUGACCUCCUGGUGUCACCGGAUUGCUUGCCAGACUUGCUCCAAGGAAACUUAAAGAAUAAAGGGCGGGAUGAGGCCUUCUUACUCUCCUCCUUCAAACUUCAAAACAAGGCCCCUACAUCACUUUAUAGUGUCAUUAACCCCUCAGACAACAUCAAGUACCUGGAGCUCAAUGUUCAAGCCAAACUGAGUAAAGUCACUCUGCGGUAUAAGAAGACUGACGGCAGAUACACUACAACCAGUUUCAAUCACGGUUCUCUGGCCGAUGGCAAUGACCACCAUGUGAUGCUUCAUGCUAGCGGUCUGCAACGCGGGCCCCCUCGCCUCAACAUUUACGUGGACUGCAGGCUGGCUCACACACUGGAUGACCUGCCAGCUGCCUUUGGGUCCAUCCCGCGCAGUCCGAAUACAGUGGCACUUCGGACACUGCAGGGUGGGGUCACCGACAUGAAACUGGUCCUUGAUGACACCGUAGACAACGUAGCAACACUUCAGGACUGCAUCCUGGAUCAGAGCGAUCCUGUCAAGCUAUUAAGUUUUCAGGCAAGCAGAAGCAUUCAGGAGCAGACCACGAUGCAAGAAUUAAAGCUUAUGCUAGCUGAGAUGAAGGACAUGCUUAAUCAGCAGAUAAAAGAGACCAACUUUCUGAGGAACACCAUCACAGAGUGUCUUCCUUCUGGUCUUGGUGGAGGUCCAACCAACCCAGGAUCACCUCCAGGCCCAGGCCAGUACACCAUGCCUCCUUCCUGUCCACCUGGAACGUGUUUCCAGCAGGACAUGUGCAUCCCAUCUUCAACGGGAGGGUACCAGUGUGCUCCCUGUCCUGAUGGAUAUACAGGGGAUGGGGUUUUUUGUGACGACAUAGACGAGUGCCAAUUCAAUCCAUGUUAUCCUGGUGUAAAGUGUGAGAACACUGCACCUGGGUUCCGAUGUGGCAAAUGUCCUUUGGGAUAUGACGGACCAGAACUGACUGGAGUUGGACUAUCCUAUGCUCAAACCAACAAGCAGAUGUGUGAGGAUAUCGAUGAGUGCCUAAACCCGCCUAAAUUCGGAGGUUGCACAGCCAACUCCCACUGCAUCAACACCAAGGGCUCCUUCCUCUGUGGAGAAUGUAAAAAUGGCUUCACAGGUGACCAGGCGAGCGGCUGCCAGGGAACCAGGCUCUGUCCCAAUGGUCAGCCCAACCCAUGCGAUGCCAACGCAGAGUGUGUUGUGGAAAGAGAUGGCAGCAUUAGCUGUGUGUGUGGUGUUGGUUGGGCAGGCAAUGGCUAUAAAUGUGGAAAGGACACCGAUAUUGAUGCACAUCCUGAUGACCCUCUUGACUGCCCAGAAAACAACUGUAAUAAGGACAACUGUGCGCUUGUCCCAAAUUCCGGCCAGGAAGAUGCUGACGGUGAUGGGAUAGGUGACGCCUGUGAUGAGGAUGCAGAUAGCGAUGGCAUUAGUAACUUAGAUGACAACUGCUGGUUGAUUCCUAAUGUGGACCAAAAGAACAGCGACAAGGAUCACCAUGGCGACGCCUGUGACAACUGCAGAACAGUGGAAAAUCCAUCCCAAAGAGACACAGACAAAGAUGGGCUGGGAGAUGAGUGUGAUGAUGACAUGGACGGAGAUAAUUUGAAGAAUAAUGAGGACAAUUGCCCUCGCAUGGCUAACCUGGACCAGAAAGACAAAGACAAUGACGGCGUGGGAGAUGCCUGUGACAGCUGUCCUGACGUGGCCAACCCUAACCAGUCAGAUUCGGAUGAUGACCUUGUAGGAGAUACCUGUGAUGACAACAUAGACACUGAUGGAGAUGGUCAUCAGAACACCAAAGACAACUGUCCCAAUGUCAUCAACUCUUCUCAGUUGGACACAGACAAGGAUGGCAUGGGAGACGAAUGUGACGAUGAUGACGACAAUGACGGCGUCAAGGAUGAUGAGGACAACUGUAGAUUGGUCGCCAACCCGGACCAAAAGGAUUCAGAUAACGACAAAGUGGGGGACGCAUGUAAAGGCGACUUUGACAAAGACAAUGUCAUCGACAUCGUCGACCGCUGUCCAGAGAAUGCUGAAGUCUCCUUGACGGAUUUCAGAGCUUAUCAAACCGUCGUUCUGGAUCCAGAAGGUGACUCGCAGAUCGAUCCAAAUUGGGUGGUUCUCAACCAGGGGAUGGAGAUAGUUCAGACCAUGAACUCUGACCCAGGCCUGGCUGUAGGCUACACAGCUUUCAGUGGUGUAGACUUUGAAGGAACGUUCCACGUCAACACUGUAACAGAUGACGACUACGCCGGCUUCAUCUUCGGUUACCAGGACUCGUCGUCCUUCUACGUGGUCAUGUGGAAACAGACGGAGCAGACCUACUGGCAAGCUGCUCCUUUCCGAGCCGUGGCCGAGCCCGGAAUUCAACUAAAGGCGGUAAAGUCCAAAACUGGACCUGGAGAGUAUCUUCGGAACUCCCUGUGGCACACCGGAGACACUCCGCAGCAAGUUCGUCUUCUUUGGAAAGACCCCAGGAAUGUCGGCUGGAAAGACAAAGUGUCCUAUCGAUGGUUUCUCCAGCAUAGACCACAAGUUGGUUAUAUCAGGGCUCGGUUCUUCGAGGGCUCGGACCUGGUAGCCGACACUGGCGUGACACUUGACACCAGCAUGAGAGGCGGCAGGCUAGGUGUCUUCUGCUUCUCCCAGGAGAACAUCAUCUGGUCCAACCUCAAGUACAGAUGCAACGACACCAUUCCUGAUGACUACAACCAGUUCAGUCCCUCAUCAACUGAUGGUUAUGAUAAAUCAUAA